AGUCCCCACACAUCCAUCCAAUAGGAACCAACAUAUCCAAAGGCUGUUUUGAGAGGUGGCUGCUUCCUCUUCUUCACAUAGUCAUCCAAACCUCAAAAACCAUGGCAGUGGCAAUGGCGAUGAAUUCAGUUUCAUUGAACUGGGUUCCACCUUCCUUUACAAAGAAGGCAAAUUAUGUGACAAACUCCACUGAGCUAGCCCCACCUGCUUUUUCUUCGCAAAACUCACUCACGUACACCAAAGAAACCAUUUCCAAUGAAGAAAACAAUUGCAAGAGAAGACUGUUGCUCUUGGGUGUUGGAGCUAUUACAGCUAAUUUACUCCCUGCAAAUUCCCUUCUAGCAGAAGAGAUACCACAAAACUAUCGAGCUUUUGUUGACAUUCCAGAUGGGUAUUCUUAUUACUACCCAUCAGAUUGGAGGGAAUUUGAUUUUAGGGGACAUGAUUCAGCAUUCAAAGACAGGUUUCUUCAACUGCAAAAUGUAAGGGUGAGAUUCAUACCAACUGAUAAGCAAGACAUCCAUGAGUUGGGGCCAAUAGAAGAGGUUGUUUACAAUUUGGUGAAUCAUGUUUAUGCUGCACCAAAUCAAAUGGUCAAUAUACUUGAUAUGCAAGAGAGAACAAGUGAUGGGAAAAACUAUUAUACCUUUGAAUAUGAACUCACCUCUCCAAACUAUGCUAGUGCUUCUUUUGCAACAAUAGCUAUUGGAAAUGGGAGAUAUUACACACUGGUUGUUGGAGCACUUGAAAGACGGUGGAGAAGGCUUCGAAACAAGCUGAAAGUGGUGGCCGACUCCUUCAAGGUGCUUGACAUCUGAAGACCCCCCAACUUAUCUUUUCAUUGUAUAUAAACCCCGAAACAUACCAUUGGUUUUGUUUUAGUUGAGCGUCAUCGUCAACCUUAAUUAUUUCUCCUUCUUCCAUUAUUGCGUACCAUUAUUUCUUCAAUUUUGUAAUUGAGGCUACCACGAAGCCUCACCAUGUAUUAUUGCAUCUCCUCGACAUGAUACGAGCAACAUUAAAAUAAUACGAUUGCAGAUAAUCGGAUCUAUUUCGUGCACAUGAAA